CUCCAGAAGUUCCAGCAGAAGGCUCUGAAGCAAACUAAGCAGAAGAAAUCCAAGUCGGCUGAAUUUCUGAUGGUAAAAGAAGAGAGAGCAGCAACAGAAGGCAUUGAAAAUCCAGCUUUUAACAUCAGCAGCACAGAUCUUUCAGCAUAUCAGCCUUCAGAAGAGAAAGUUAUUAGACAUGACAAGCCAGAUAGCACCCUUGCAGCUCACCAACAAAAACUCGGGCUGCAAGCCCAUGCCGAACCAAGAGGAAAUGAAUACAGCAGAAAUUACUUUGACCCGUUGAUGGAUGAGGAAAUAAACCCAAGGCAGUGUGGGAUGGAGGUCAGUGAAGAAGAUCCUGUGAAAUUUGAUGAGCAAAUCCUGUAUGGUAAACUGAUGAAGCUUCUAGAUGAAGAAAACAAGAUGCUGGACUUCCAAGCAGCCCGUGUCGCCAGUGAAGAUUUUCCAGAUUCCGUGAUGCCUGUCAGCUCCAGUAAGGCACGUGACCUUCACAGGGAGCUUGAAGAUGAAGUGAUUCCUUCAUAUAUCGAACAGUUUGAGAGAGAUGUUCGGGAUAACAUAAUUCUGCUUGGCAGCUUUUCACUGGAACAGGUCAGAGUUAAGAACUUUCUUCCCUCUUCCCUUUCUAACUGCUGCAGAGUGGGACGUCAGCAGUUGAAAGCAGAGGAGAAUGAAUGUGAAGAAGAGAUGGUAGCCAGCUUUGGUAACCUUGCAGGUGUGAAUACUGGCUUAAAUGGAGCAGCAGCACCUUGUGGGAAGGUUGACUGCUCCAAGACACCGCAGCCAAUAGAAAUUCACAUCAAAUGCCUGAGAGGAGUCAAAGAUAAGGUCCCUAAAGGCCACUACACCCUCAAAGUUUCUGUUCUCAGCCGCUUAGGUGGUAGCUUGCUGGAGCGGCCCAAACUGAAGGAGCAGCCUCCGGCCAGGACAACGCUGCCUGUUAGUCAUGAUGGAAACUUCUACAACACCGAAAUCUACUUCGGACAAAGUAUCCAGACAGUUCUACCACCUAGAAAAGCUGUGAAGCCAGGCAUGGUCCUCCUCUUUGAACUCUUCCUUCUUCGUGGGACCCGUACUUGGAUUGAUCGAGAAGUGGGAUGGGGAGCUUUUCCCUUGUGUGACAACAAUUUUAAUGCUUUGGAGGGAAAAUUUAAAUGUCCCUUCCUCAGAGGCCAUUACAACUCCAAAAUUGACCGAUUCAAGAAAAUUGAAAAUUUUAUUUCUCAAGACUUGGAUCAUUGGUUAUGCAAUCUCUACUUUCAGAUAAUUAAACUACCACAGGAUUCAGAUAAGCAAAAUAAGUGUGAUAUGCACCUUCAUCUCCCACCUGAACUUCUCAUGUAUUCAAGCGUUGCUGAAAAGAAUGGUGUCUCAGAGAAGGUUGAACAGUCUGGACCACAAGAGGAUUUUUAUCGAGACUGCUGUGGCACCACAGGUGAGCACUGUGGCUCGUUUCGGCCGAAGGAAAGCCAAGGAGGACAUCACACGAUUAACUGGAAUAACCCACCUGACCAAUGUUAUCAAGAAAAAUCAAGUCCUGGGAACAAUGCGAGCCCAGAAGACGGGAAAACAUCUGCAGAGAGCAAUUUUUACUUGGAGGAGUUAGAGAAAUACACUUUUUCUGUGUGCUGCUCUUCUGCUGCUGAAGUGAAACUGUCCAGGCGGGUUGUUGAGCGUUUCCAUUUCGUGGUGUACGCAGCCUUCUCAGAGCUGGGAGCCGCACGCUGGCGCUCCGCGAACUUCUGGCUGCUCAUGCUGCUGGUAGUUUUGCUUUGGUUCGUGAGACUUUACCUGCAUUAUUUAAGCCAAUGGCUCUUCCUUCAGACCAUCUCGGUUCCUGUUACAAAAUUCCAGUUUUUCCCUCACACUGUUGAACUGUGCUACCAGAACUCCUUGCUGCAGACCGGUGAAGAGUUGGUCAUGGUUGUGGUGGGACCCCUAACCUUGAAUGCAGGGCUGCUUCUUAUGGUCCUGAUCAGAUGGGGCUGUCAGCAGCUGUUUGACUCAUUCCCUUCCUUCUUGUCAAAGUUUAUCAUAGCUCUGGGACUCUGGACAGUGCUAAACCCCUUGGCAGUGUUCGUAGUGGAUUCAGUCCUGGGGCGACUUGGGAACAGUGUCGAUAAACCCAUUGCUGAUGCUGCAAAGCUCUACUGGGUCUUUCUAAGAGCAGAGGAGUCAGGGGUUCCUGGUGCCUUAAUCACUGUGAUGCUUUAUACAAUCCUGUUCAUCACCUCAUCGACAGUGUUGUACCUGUACUUUUUAAGGCUACAUAGCGAAGGUUGGCUGUUGGAUGUAUUUCGACGCAUUCAUGGUGAGGAAGACGCAUUCUUCGUUCCAUUGGACUUGGAGAUUUCCAGUCAGGAGCUGAGCUACAUUAUGAAGAGGGCUGAGCAGUGGAGAGGAACCAAUGGUGAAAGACGGAUGGUGGCAGUGUCUGAUUACAUCUGGAAGGACCACGCCAGCACGCCUGGUGUCUCCAGCUGUGGCCUCCAGCACCAGGACCAAAGCCCUGGCUCGGGAGGUAGCACCACCGUUCGCAUCUCUGUCUACACUGUCCACCUCAGCGGCUUCCAGGAGCUCUACAGGCACUUCCUCAGGCUACCUGAUGGGGCUAUCGUUGAGGUAGGUCCAAGCGGACUCCACAGCUGCAGGUGUUGA